AUGGGGGUCGAGCAUACGCCAAAUGUGUCAAAUUCGUAUAGGCAAAGAACUGAUCCAUUGAUUGAUAAGACUAGAACGCCAACAAUUGAAUUCUCGAUUUCUCCUGAUAGCGGAUUAAGAAACAUGAAUGAUUGUGGACUUUUUGACACUUCAAUACUGCCAAUAGCCCACCCUCGUGAAAGAGAUAACACUAAUUAUGAUGGUAUUCAUCGGAAUGUGUUUGAACGUGACCAAUUUCUGGCGCUUGAUGAACUAGCACGAAGGCAAAGCAAAGUAAAACAGAGUACACCCUUAGGAAAAGACAAGAAUGGCGUCACAGAAAAUGGAUAUCAAGAAGAGAUGAUAAACGAGCAUAGUAAGCCACUACAGUUUCAUCCAAAAGACUCUGAUGCUCAUCAAUCUCAGCAUGUCUACAAUCAUGGCACAAAAGAACCACAAUUUAGAAAUGAACCAUUGAUGCAGCCUUAUUUAUUUCUGCCAGGACCCAAAAAUAGUAGUCCUCUUGGUGAAAGUACUGCCAGAAACUCGCCACAAACAAGUAAUCCAAAUCCAAGUGAAACAAGUAAUAAUGCAAAAAUCCAAAGUGAACAGCGGCAUGAGUCUCCACGAGGACAUGAGUUACCAGAUGUUGGAUACUGCACAAUAAGCCUACAGGAGUACCAUUUGUUGCUUAAUGAUAAGAGAGACAAAGAGCACUUGCUUAACGAGGUGAGGCGCUUGGAGAAUUUAUUAAGAGAAAGUGGUUGUGAUUCAGAGACUGGUGAGCAAUUGAAGCAACAUAAGUAUACUCAAACCAGUCUUCAUGCACAAUCUAACCCUAUUAUAGGUCCUCCUGUGUCUGAUGUAUUACAGUCAGAGAUACAUGAUUUGCUUACGAAGUUGGAAAAAUUGGAUAAGUUAGACAAGUUGGACAAAUUGGAUAAAUUGGAGAGAGAAUAUGAACAAUGUGCUCAACAAACGAGGCCAUUAGGCAAGGGAUUAUCAAAUGAAAAAGGUGGUGAUUCAUUAACAAAUGGUAAAUUGAAGCAAAAUGUAUCUAUUCAAACUAGUUUUCCAGUGCACCCUGAUACGAACGUAAAUCCCCACAUAUCUGUGACAUCAAAUCCAGAGACUAGUUCAAAUCAAAGUAAUAAGAAAUCCGUUGCUUGUCAGUGUGAUUUUACCCAGAAUACACAUAAUAGGCAAACGCUAAAUUCCGAGAUACAACUGUCAGAAGGAGUUUCAGUAGAUGAUGAGAAGCAACAACUGUCAGAAAAGUCUUCUUCAAUUGAUAAUGAGGAUUUGUUGCCAAACAACGGCAAGGAUGAAAAUGAUUACAAUAAUACCAACCAAUUAUCACCCCUCAAUGGUACUAGUCAGGGGAAUGUUCAUAAUUCAAGCACCAACACCACUCUUGUUUCACAUGAUAAUAUGUUUCCCAAAUUCUGUCAGGAUAGAUAUAAAUACCCCAUCAAUGGACCCAAACCACGGCAAAGUGACUUGGACAGAGUAGAUCAAUUAUCCCAUAAUGAUCUUGUUUAUUGUGUUAAAACUGUUUUAUCUACUUUAAUGGUGGAAUUGGAUAACAAUUUUGACCUGAAUUUAUUACGAUUAUCUCAUUUCAUCGGCAUGCUGCUGCAGUUUACCAAAACGAUGCAUAAGAUCCUUUAUGAAAAAAGAGGUGAUUUAAGUUGUUCUAAAUGGUUUAGAGGUAAAAUGUUGACUAAAGAGAGUGCGAUUGAUGAUCGUAUGGAAGGUUUACAAGAUAUUUUUAAUGAGAUGUUGGGGGAUAUUUAUCGAUUGGAACAGUCAAACCAGCUAGAGGAGCGUUGUUAG